AAAUACAACUGACGAUUUAUAGGAAAGGAAUUCUUUUCAGUUUCGCAAUCCUUAUCUGGUGUCCAAUUUCUACACACUAAAUACAAAAACAGACACAAUUUUUGUUCUGGAGCCAAGUCCUGCUUAUGUUGAACCUUGCCACUAGCUUGGAACCCAGACCAGGACUCACACUAAUUUUCUCUGCUGGAAGAAAGCCAUUGUUUUCUGGCAUUCAAGAAAAAAAUAACAGAGGAAGAAGGGAUCAACAAAAACAGCAAAUGAAAAUGGGGUAAAGGUUCCAGAGUGUGUGAUGGGUGGGAAUUGUCUGGAAAGAGCAGGCAGCUGGGGUGGAAUGCCGUCACAGGAGCACAGGCUGCUUGUGCUGGGUGGGUAGGGAGGGGCUGAGGCAGUACACACAUGCCUUCAGAAAACCGUGUAUGUGUGGCUUGCUUUCACCGCUACAUUUGCUAAACCAAGAUCACUACUCUCUUCCCAACACCUGGCCUCUCCCCAAGAAGGGUACAGAGUUCAGCAAUACAGAAUUUUAGUCUUUGGAUGAGACCUCUGAACGUUUAAGUAAACAGCCUUCGGUUUUCCCAGAAAAUACUGUUUUCCCCAGAUACCUGUACAUACAUAUUCCAGCAGAACCUCCUCUCCCACAAUCAGGGUUGUGGUAAAUUAAGAGUUAAAUUGCUGCUGUAAAGCAAUUUAAUCUCAGUGUUGGGCAGAGGCUGAAACUGAGUCAUGUGUGCAUAUUUGGAUACGUCACACCCUCUUACUAGUAGACAAAGAACAAACUAGAUCCGCACCAUAAAUCUCAUGCCUACAGGAUGCUUCUGGACAACAGAUCAAUUACUCUUUAGACCCUAACAGAAGGAAGAAUAUCCUCUCAAAAACACAUCUUGAGAUGAACUAAAACAAUAUUACCUUUUUUUUUUUUUAUAUUUAUAUAUAUCCGGAUUUAGCAUACUACGAUGAAGAUACUGGUUUUCACUGGACUUCUCUCUCUUACCUCAAGUCUUUUUACUACAGAAUCUUCACUGAAUGGCUCCGCAGUUAAAACCGUGUCUCUUAUCAAGACUUUCCGUGGAAUUUCAGCAAGAGACUACGAUUACAUCCCCCCUCAUGCUAUAGAAGGGGAAACAAAGACCAUCCACAUCAAAGAAAACAAAAGCUCUUCAAAAAAGUCCAAUGACUCCACUUUAACAGAAGUAAACAACACCACAUUAGAGUACCUGACAAGUUCUCUGAGCACCAAGCUGAUACCCACUGUCUACCUCAGCGCUGUUUUAUUAGGUGUACCAUCUAAUGCCAUCAUUUUGUGGAUGCUGAUCUUCAGGAUCCGAUCUGUGUGCACUGCCAUCCUCUACACAAACUUGGCUAUUUCAGAUCUGCUCUUCUGCAUCAUGCUGCCAUUCAAAAUAGCAUAUCACAUCAAUGGGAACAACUGGAUUUUUGGAGAAAUGAUGUGCCGAACCACAACUGUGGUGUUUUAUGGCAACAUGUACUGCUCUAUUCUGCUGCUCACGUGCAUCAGCGUCAGCCGCUAUGUGGCCAUUGUUCACCCUUUCACCUACAAAAGCCUGCCGAAACGUACUUAUGCCACUAUGGUCUGUGUUACUGUGUGGACCAUCGUUUUCUUGUACAUGCUCCCACUUUGCAUAAUGCAGCAGAGCUAUUAUGUGAAACAACUGGGAAUUUACACCUGCCAUGAUGUGCACAAUGCUUGUGAAACUGUAUCUUCCUUCCAGUUUUACUACUAUGUUUCUUUAGUUAUCUUUGGAUUUUUAAUACCUCUUGCAAUCAUAAUUUUCUGCUAUGUCUCAAUCAUACGAACACUCAAAACACGUGAAUGGUUCUGGUAUGUUAAAGUCAGUCUUUUGAUCCUUACCAUCUUCACUAUUUGCUUUGUACCAAGCAAUAUUAUUCUUAUUAUCCAUCAUAUCAACUAUUACUAUUAUAACACAGAUGAGUUGUAUUCUUUUUAUCUAAUUGCUUUAUGUCUUAGCAGCUUAAACAGUUGUCUUGAUCCUUUCCUUUAUUUUCUGAUGUCCAAAAUCAGAAGCCAAUCCAAUAUUUACCUAACGAUGGUUAAAAUAUCCAGGGAAGCAUAAACUUGUUUCUAUAUUGUUGGAAUUAUGAUUUUGUAUAUUUACUAACCCAGGUAGCAAUAAACCUCACAUGCAACAAUUAAACCUAAAAAAAAUCUAAGGAUGUUAAACCAUGAUCUCAGUAAAAUUUACAUCUUUCCAAACACCACACAAAGAAGCAUCUUCAGAAAUACUCUUCUCCAACUCUAAUUUUAUCAUGUGUGUUACAACAUUUGGUGUACCAAGAUUCAGGGAUGUGGCUGAGCAUCUCCAUUUUCUUCUGGGAAGAUCACUUUUAUGGCCACUAUAGAGAAGAAACUAUAAUAGCAGUCACCACAGCCUCUGAACAGAAGAGGAAUCCAUAUCUGAAUAGCACUUUUAGGUCCAUUCAUGACUUCCAAAGACUUCAUACGAUCUCUGUGCUCACAUUCACUGCAGGAACAGUGAAGUGAACAGAAGGUUUUCGUCUGGUGGGAACAUGGACAAGUAAAAGCACUUUCUAGGUGUUCAGGGGCCAUAGAACUUUGCAGAAGCUCCCUGUCACACAACCAACAGCAAAUCUGCACUGGAUGUUAAAAAUAAGGAGCUGGAAUCCCAUUCAGCUGGAAGAGCAAUGAAUCUACAGCUAUAGACACGGAACCUGACACACUUCCAAGGAAGCAUCUCCUCUGAGGCUGCUCAACCAGCUUUGCUCUGUAGACUUGUUCUUCCACUGCGUCAGCACCUGUACUCCUAUAACCCUCAAGGACAGCUGGAAGCUAACCCUUAUCAGUGUGAAUCCAGGCAAGUUUUAUUCUUGCUUGGUAAGCAAAACAGGGAAGCUACAUUGUAGCAUUCUGUAUAUUUUCACAUCCUCACAGAAAAUGUGUUACAUUUCCUUAAGGAAAUUGUGAUUAAUUGUCCACAUUCAUAAAGCAAAGAAUUAACUUGACAUUUACAGAAACUCAAUAUCUACAUAUACUGAGUAUAAGUUCCUACAAACGAGCUCAGCUGGUGUACAUGUUUGUAACCGAACCAUGUAAGACAGUGAUGAGAAAAAAAAAAGUGUUUUACAUCUGUCUGAUAAUAGUAUUGUAAGAAACUUUACUCAAAAAUAAAGCCAUUUGCAGGGGAAAAUAGAAAUUGACUCCAAGAAAUGUCCAGUCUGGUAAGGUUCUACCUCUUCAAUUUCUCCUGGCUCCUAAUUUACAUUAGUUAAAAUCAUGCCCUUCCCUCGAAGUAACUUCAGGAUAACUUUAAAAUAACCCAGGUGUUACUCAUUAAUUACAAACAUCAAACUUGCUAACCUAACUGUAAAACCUGCAUAGCUAUCACUCAAAAUAACAAAACUCAGGAAGCAUGCAAAUGUAUGGUACAUCUGUUUAACAUUCCACAUAGAAGUAACACUUCCUAAACAUAGGCUCUCUUUGCUGGUGCUUGAACACACUUUGCUUGAAGCAACUGUGAGAGCUGUUAGAAGCUAUUGUAUGAAGUUACAGGAAUAAAAUUCCACAUUUUCAUUUUCUUCUUCAAGCAAAGAACAAGUAGGUGUGAUCUGUGAUUAAGAGCCACAAUAGGAACUGGGAGUUUUUGGUGCAGAUUUUACUUAUCCAAGGUCACCACAACUGGGGGGAUGUGACAAUGGGAUGAUUAGAAUAAGCCAGAAGUUCAGACCCAUAUGUUUUCUGAGACACUUGGGAAUAUAGGAAGUUCACACUCAGAUCUAUCUGAUUGUUGUAAAUCAAGUACUUCCUUAUGCCACAGCUCACUCUUAAAACAUCUUAAAUACAAUUAAAGACAGAUCUGCUUUAUAAAUAGGACUCAGAAAAAGCAUGGGGUUGAAAAAGACUUAUUGCACAAACUUUGACUUUUUGAUAUAUUUUUUUUUUAUAAGAGGAAGUUCAAUACAUGUAUAAAUCAUAUUUUUUCUUAAAGAAAGGUGAUAUCCAUGUCAUUAGUCAGUAGUUAGAAUAGUAACUCAGGUUAAUAUAUCCGAAUAUUUCUCUUGGGAAUUUGUACAGUGGUCCUGCUUUCUCCAUAAACAUGGAGAUUGUUUUUUUUUUUUUUUUAAUCAUGAGAAAAAAAGAUUUGGAAGAACUGAAUUCAUCUAUCCAAAAACUACAUCUUGCAGAUGCUCAAGAUAUUCCAAAUAGUGCCACAGGCUGAAAGAACAGCUUUUUCAAGUUGGAUUCUUGAAGUUUGUUUUUUUUCUUGUGGGAAAAAAAGAGAAGAUGUUUUAAGUAGUUGUCAAAGUCUAAAAACACACAAUAAGAACAGCAUACAGCAAGGGGAAGGCUUUUCAGGAUCCAGCGCUCAGUGAAACCAGAGCUUACAUAGGAACCUAAGUAAAAAAAAUCAGAUGUACAGCACCAAGUUCAAAAGCUGUGGCUUACAGAAAUGCACAAUUUCAUAGCAGAUACCACAGGUGAAGUGACAAGAUAGCUGGAGGGUAUUUUUACAAGCCAAAUAGCAAUAAAUUUCUCCAGCUGACAUUAGGAACAUAUGUAAAUUUUAGGCAUCUUUUCAAACAGCAGGAAAAAUGAAAUGCUGUACCACGAGUUUUAGCUAAUCUUGCAUUCAGUCACAUCCUGCAAGUUGUGAGGCUGAUCUGUGUUUAUGUUUCCCUGAGCUGUGAUGUUAACCAGGGCACUGCUUUUGAGGAAGCAGAUAUCAGUAUCCUGCUGAGAUAGGUUGAAGCUGAAGGCAUUGUACAUGAUGGCCAGCAUUUUGUUGCAUGACAAAGGCAGAACAGAAAUAAGCACAAGACUCCUCUAGUGUAACCCCCCCAGAUUUAAGCAACAAAAGGCUCCUCAAAGUACUAUUUAGAGGUUUGUUAAACAAUGACUUCUUCAGCAUGACUGAAUACUUAGUAGCAAAAAAGACAAUUCCUGCCUGCACAAUAACUACCUGCCUGACAGUCUUGUAACUCAAUCCUUGCAGAAAAACAUAACAGAUGCAGAAUAUAUCUUAGUAUUAAUUGACUGAAAAUUAAUCCUUUAUGUCAGUCAGAAAAAGUUGUAUUCAAAAAUUAUUCAGUGACAGAUUGUUGUCACUGGCUUAUUUACCACCCUGUUAGCACAACUAAUCAAAACAUUGGAGGAACAGGACAUGAAGGAAAAAGAAUCGACAUUUCAGUUCUGACAGAUGCAACAGUCCAAGCUCUAACCUUGCAUUUCUGUGCUUUGGCGUGGUACAAAACAUCUUGAUAAUGCUUUGCAUUUUCUGGUCUCACAUCUUGCAGCUUGGCUGUGGGCAUAAGUAGGGUUUCUAAGGUUUUCUCAGGAUUUCCUUGGUCAAUUGCUUCGUUAAUGUGGCCAAUUGCAAUAAUUCCUAUGAAAUAAAAUGGUUAUUACAAA